AGAUUCUUGGCCCAAUUUGGGGUAGUGCUCGCUUGCUUCUUCAAAUUGUAUCUGAGUAUUCCAAGUUCUUCGAAAAAGUCGUCUCUAUGCUGCAGGAUCUUUCUAUACAGUUCGAUCGCUUUGCAGUACACGCUCAGCUAUAUCCGUCCAAAUCCCAUCCGCGGUUUCACGGAAGCCUCGUCCGCGCAUAUUCCACUUUCCUGGACGUGAGCUUGGAAGCGAAAAAACUUUUUGGUGACAAGUCGGCGAAAAAGGGGCUCACAGGCGGUUUCGCUCAAAAAUCGUCCCGAAAGCUAUUGAAGCAAGGCUUUCUUGACGCAAAAACUAAACUGGAACACUUAGUCAAUGAAGUUACCCAAGAGUAUGACAUCGCUGAGAAGAUAGAAUCUUCCGUGUUUAGAACGGAGGUUCGGACUAAAAUAAAGCGUGACAUGAAUCGAGAGUUGUUUAAAUGGCUGGAUGAGGUCGAUGUGAAAACCCGCCUUGACUAUUUGGCAAGCGUCCAUGAGCCUGGGACUGGAUCUUGGCUUGUACAAGAGGACUUCUUCAGAAGCUGGACCCAGAAGACGAAUGCAGCUCUUUGGCUUCAUGCAAAACCCGGAGCCGGUAAAAGUGUUAUGGCAUACACUGUCAUCCAACACUUGCGACAAACGCAUCACACAACUAACUCGACUAUCAUGUACUAUUUUUGUGACUACAAGAAUAUCAAGUCGCAGUCAGCAAGGAAAGUUUUUCAGACAAUACUUGCUAAUCUCUGCCAACAGUGUCUUGAAGCCCAAGAAAUCGUGGAAAGCCUCUUUCAGAGGUAUCGCGGACGAAACCUGGUAUGUCCGGUCGGAACGUUGCGGGACACUUUGAGAUCAUGCUUGCUUCGCCUUCCAAAGUCAUUCAUUGUGAUUGACGCACUUGAUGAAUGUUCGGAGCCAGAGGAGCUUCUCGAGAAACUUCAACCUCUCCUUGAUGGACAACUGGGCCUGAACCUGUUUCUUACAUCUCGAAAAUUGGAUAACAUCUCCUCUUAUAUGAACCAUCCACGGAUUCAGCAAUGCUCACUAGCAGCUGAAAGUCAUUCGAAAGAUAUCUCCUGCUACGUCAAAGCGCAACUGGAUAAUCGCCUUCGGAAAAACAAGGAAAAAUUAUGGGAUCAGAAACUUCGAGUCCAAAUAGAGGAGGAACUCUGUUCUAAGGCCGACGGAAUGUUUCAAUGGGUGAACUGUCAGAUUGAUGCUUUGUCGAAAUGCAUCAGUGACAAGCAGAUUCUAGCGAAGCUAAAGACUCUACCUGCUAGUCUCGACGAGACAUAUGUCCGAGCACUUGAGGGGCUCUGCCGGGAGUUCCCAGACGAAAGACCAUCACUACGCUGCUUUUUCUUCUGGCUAGUUCACGCACUGAGGCCUUUAAAGAUAUCGGAACUUUCAUGCACCAUGGCUUUUGAUGCCGAAACAAAACGCCACGAUUUCCAUGCUGUUCCGGCAGACCCAGGAGACGUUCUUCAAUAUUCUGCAGGACUUUUUGGCCUUACUGAUACCGAUGGCACUGUCGGACUUUGCCACUACUCCGUCAAAGAAUUCUUGACAUCAGAAAAGAUCAAGGCAACCAGUGUCAGCGACUUUUUUGCUGGUGACGCGAAAAGCCAACUUCAAGUAUUGGACACUUGCUUUUCUCUGCUAUGUGAAGAGGAACUCAGCACUGGCCAAUGCUGGACUAUAAAGGCGUUACGUCUUAGAAAAGAGGACUAUCCAUUACUGGAAUAUGCUGCUUAUCAUUGGUUGGGGCAUUACAAACUAGUCGAGGAAAACAUUAAUAGCGAUCUGGAACAACGAAUUCUAGCUUUCUUCACCGAG